CGUCCAAAGUACGGGGAUUGACUGACACUUGGGACAGAUUGCUGUUGUGACUACGGUCAGGGCAGCGGUGGUCUUCAAUUUACUACUGAACAACUACCCUCGGGCUUGGUCGAUAUAAAGUCAGGCACAUGUGCAAACCAGCAGAAGAUGCUGAACCAAGAUAACAACUUCAAGAAGGAUUUCCAAGCACCAGAUUGAUACAUUCCUUUUUUCACCCGGGUUUAUCGUGCAAUUAUUUUUAAAGCACCAAGGCAUAUACUGUACGUUUGUUUUUGUGCGCACACAUGGCGUUUUUAAUGAAGAAGAAGAAGUUCAAGUUCCAGAUCCACUUCACGCUGGAGGAGCUGACGGCGGUGCCCUUCGUCAAUGGGAUGCUCUUCUGCAAAAUUAGGUUACUGGACGGCGGAGAUUUCGCCAUCUCAUCAUCCAGGCAAGAGGUCCAGGAGAACUGUGUUCGCUGGCGAAAGAAGUUCUCCUUUGUGUGCAAGAUGAGCGCGAGUUCUACAACAGGUGUUCUGGACCCCUGCAUAUGUAGGGUGUCUGUACGGAAGGAGCUCAAGGGAGGAAAGGCAUUUUCAAAGCUGGGCUUUGCUGAUCUCAACAUGGCGGAGUUUGCUGGUUCAGGCUCCACAGUGCGCUGCUUCAUCCUCGAGGGCUACGACACCAAGAACACACGACAGGACAACUCCAUACUCAAGGUUACCAUUGGGAUGACCCUGCUGUCUGGAGACCCCUGCUUUAAAACGCCCCCACCCAGCACAGCUAAAACCAUCCCCAUCGCGGGCCAGGACCCUUCCUUGCAGCUGGACUGUAAGGGUGAGGGAACCAACGCCGCGCAGACCCCUCCCCCUGGCAUCUCGGCAGGACGCGGCCUCAAACACAGACCCUCCACCAUGAGCACAGGUCUACCAGAGGAGCUGGAUCAGAACAUGUCCAGCCCAGAUGAGGUCUUUCACACAGGACACUCAAGAAACAACAGUUACGCCAGUCAGCACAGCAAAGUAUCUGGAUACAGUACGGAGCACUCUCGCUCCUCCAGCCUGACAGACCUCACUCUGCAUCGCCGCAACACAUCCACCAGCAGCAGCGCCUCCGGGAGCGUCGCCCCGGCAACCGACGCCACGGCGACGGCGACAGAGACGGAGAAGGAGGGAACCCCCGUCCGGCCCGACAGGCCGCCACGCCCACCUCUUCCUCUCCUCUCCAACAGGCCGUCCAGACGCAAGAAGGACUCAGUGGAGAGCCACCCCACCUGGGUAGAUGACACUCGCAUCGACGCCGAUGACAUUGUGGAAAAGAUCGUUCAGAGCCAGAACUUUUCCGACGUCAGCAACAACGAAGACAGCAACCUCCAGCUUUUCAUCAGCAGAGAUGGCAGCACAGCCCUCAGUGGCAUCCAGCUUGGCAACAGGGUGACAGCAGGAGUGUAUGAGCCGGUGGUGAUCGAGAGCCACUAAAGGGAACAGGACAUCGUCUUCAUCUCCCCCCUCCCUCUUUCCAUCUAUCCCUUCUUCUUCAGUCCUCUUCUACUCCCUCCAUCCGAAUUACUGAUCACAUAACCAAGGAGGAAGAGGAUGAGGAAGAAGCCUCUGUCUGGAUCCUCUGAGUCGUCUCUCUUUAUCGUACACGAGGGAGGACACUCACAAGUUACUUACAACUGGCUCAGAUUCGUGUUUGUACGUGUUUUUAUUGGUGUGUACCACUAUCUUUGUUGUUCGUCUGUGCUACAUCCACCCCUGUACAUCGAACUGCAAACACAUAACCAUUACGAUGUACCUGACGGAUGCUUGCGUGUGUUAUUUACGUACAUGAUUACAAAAUUUAAUUCGUCUAAAGAUAUAACUCUAUUUAUAUAUGCUUUUUAACCUGAUCUAUGUGCAAGUGUAUAAACUACUUGAUGUGUCACAGGAAAACUGUGGCACGGCAUCAUGGGAAACGUAGUGCAACACUGUGAAGGGCUGGCCCGGGCAUGUUGUGUGGAUGGCCAUGUAUGAACUACAAACAUGGCCACCUAAAAUUUUACUUUACUAAUAAGUAGUGGAUCCAAGGAAAAGCAGUGGUUUUAACCUGUGGUCUUCUUUUGCUCUUUUCUCUGUACUCUGCUAUGUACACUUUAGAUGUUUUUACUCGCUUCACAACAUUACUUCAUCCUCUUCUGUGAUCGAUUGUUACUGUCUAAAAUGGCAGCCAACGAAAACAAAUUGUUACAACAGACCUCUUAAGGGAAGGCAAAUCAAAUCCUCCCUGUGUAUGUUUUAUGUGCUUUACAGUGGGUUUUUAAAUCACAUCUUGGAAUUGGGAAUCACAUCUGUUCUUCUACUUUAAAGAUCAACACUAAUUGUUAGCCACUGCGUUGUUGUAAAGGUUAAGGAAAUCUAUAUGUUGCUAUUGGUGGGUGUGAGGUGUAACCGGUAACUGUGGUGUUGGUUCUGUGUGGCGGGCCAUGCAGACAACCACAAGGUGGAUUGUAAUGGUGGUAUGGUGCCUCUGGUCACCCAUGAUUAUCCUGACUCUCACCAGAUUCAUGGGUUCUGCCUUGCUACACCAUAGGCAUACAUAGGUCUCCGAAGCCGUAGUUUUAUCCAUGUAUUCCUCGCACGUGAUUGGGGAAACACCUGUCGGACAUGUUUAAUGGGCUGCUACUUUUAACUGCUCACAGAUUCGAAAAUACAGUUCAAAUUUCAGAAUUAAUGUUGAUGAGUGAGUCCAUGCGAGCAGCCAUCGUUGCUGAAACAACCGUUGUGUUUCGCUGAUUUUUUUCCUUCUCCACUAUGUUGAAUUUUGGCUACGUCACAUCACUGAAAAUCCUGUGAUCCUGAUUGGUUCCACCGCAUUUUGGUUUGGUAGCAGGGCAAAUCCGAAGGUCCUCCAGGUCUGGCGAGAGUCAGGCUAACCAUUAAUGACUGUGACUGGAUUUUACGUCCAGUUUUCGCAUUCAUACGUACUGUACAGGGCUUUUCUGUGUCGGAGCAGUGUGUGUUCGCGUGUGUGUGUCUCUGUGUAUGUGCGUGUAUAUCUGUGUGUCUGUGUGUGUCUGGAAUAUGCUUAUACUGCUUCCACUAGCUGGUCUUGUGAUGGCAGUAUUCUGGGUUUUUUGCGCCUUUUUCUGGCUCUUGGUGUUUUUUUUGUCUUUUUAUGCUUGCCUUAGCUUUUGGUUUAAGUGGUCUAUUUGUGUGUGCGUGCGUGCAUGUGAAUGCACGUAUAUGUGUGCGUGUGUGUGUGUGUGUGUGUGUGUGUGUGUGUGUGUGUGUGUGUGUGUGUGUGUGUGUGUGUGUGUGUGUGUGUGUAUGGAUUACUUUUUUCUCACCUUUGCAUUCCAAACAUGAGGCUAAAGCCUGUGGUGAUCAAAGCCUUUUGCAAUUGGCCACGCUCAAACUCCUCCCCCACAUCAGUGGCUGCUAAAUGUCCCUAACAUCUGUUUGGCACCUGGGGGAUGUGAGAUGAGAUCAUAUGAGAAUGGGCCGAGGAGUCAAAGUCACGUUUCUGGCCUUGGCUGGCGGGGCGGGCGGGCGGUUUAGCCUCGGUUAGUUUUUCCCAGCCUGCACUUGGAGUGCACCAGGAAACAGUGGCCUCAAAUGGCAGGAUGCACCUUCUUAUUGUGUGUGUGUGUGUGUGUGUGUGUGUGUGUGUGUGUGUGUGUGUGUGUGUGUGUGUGUGUGUGUGUGUGUGUGUGUGUGUGUGUGUGUGUGUGUGUGUGUAUGUUUAGUGUCUAUGUUUGUGUCUUUGUGUCUGUGUCUAUGUCUAGAUUUGUCUGUGUUUUGUGUGUGUGUGAGGGGUAGAUAGGGGGUGCUUGUGUCUGUCUGUCUGUCUGUCUGUCUGUCUGUCUGUCUGUCUGUCUGUCUGUCUGUCUAUCUGUGCCUGUGUCUGUGUUUUGACUAAUAGAAUAGUGACCUCUGUUCUCUGUGGAUUUGGAAUGGAACAUGCAACAUUGCGAAUCACACUCUUAGUUGACCUAAGAGAAAUGAGAAGAAGAAGAGGAAGAUAAAAAAAUGAACUGACUUCUGUGUUGAGGCUGUGGCUCUUCAGUCUUUUCACAUACCGUAAUUAUGUUUGUGCAAUAAUAAGGGAUUCAACCCAACACCCAUGUAGUGGUGGUGGUGGUGCGCUGGUCUAGCCUGUAUGCUCACUUCACUCAUCCACAGCCACUCAGCAUGACAGCAGUAUCAUCAUCAUCAUUAUUUGAAUGUACUUAAGUUUGUGUCCCCCCACAGAGCACAGGCCUAUUCCAAAUAGGUGGUUUAGUUGCUAACUCAGCUAAGUUAAGUAAGCGAGAGCUUUUUUUCAAGUUUUACAGUACCAAUUGUUCUGAGUUAGUAGACCCUGGUAAGGGACUAAACCUGCUAUUUGGAAUACGCCUCUGGGCAGCAGCUUAUCUUGUUAUUUUACACACUCACUGUGUAUCUUACCCCCUAAUGGGCUAUCUAGAAUGGGCAAAAUUAUGUUGGGUGUUGUACGUUCACUCCAUAAUAAUAAUAAUAAUGAUAAUAAAAGAAACUCACAAGGCUUGUACUUAGAAAUGUCAGCGCACAUACUCCUUGUCUGUGAAACAUACCUCUAAGAUUAAGAAAGACGCGUUAUGGGCAUAGUGAUGAUAACCAACGGAAUUAAAACACAGCCAGUCAUCUGCUGAGAGCUGUUUGGUAGCCUGUGGAAUUCACUAUACUAAAUUCACAGGCUGCAUUUAAAAAAAUAUAUAUAUAAUCUAAAGGAAAUGUGAGUGUAAGUGAGGAGUCACCCAUAAAGUAACUUUUGUCUUUUUCUUCUCCAUAUCUACUCUUUGUACUGUUUUAUAAAUGGACCAUUCCUUUAGCCAUACAGUAUGGUGGUUUUAAAAAAACAAUGUCUGAAACAGUAACUUUUGUCUGUUUUUCUCUUUUGGUGUUUUCAAACCAGCGGGCUGGUUUAAAGUGUUUCGUUCUGUAAUUCUUUCUGGUGGAGCUCAACAGAGACCCGUUAUUUACUGUGGUAAAAAAAAUAUGAACUUUUUACAGAUUCAAUGCUUUAUGUAUUCAUAUCUUUAAACAAACUGUUGGUUGCAUCCGGUUCUCUGUGCUUCUGUUUUGUAUACAAGGGACUCUCUUUUGUGGUGUUUUCCUUCAUACUUGACUAUAAUCUGUGACUUUUUAACACAAAAAAGAAUAUACUUUUUAAUUAAUGUGAGUUGCUGUUGUUUUGGAGUUAAGUGCAGAAACCUGUUCUACAAAUUCAUACUGAAUAGUCUAAAUGGAUAUAUUAUAUAACUGAUGCUGAUCAUGUAUGAUCGUAAGGAGUCCUUUCUAAGGACGAAUCAGUCAUUAUAUGAAGCACAUAUUUGGGAAGAGGGUGUCUGGUGACGUUUUAAACUCAAGUCAUGCACUCCACACAUUGUCACUCUGAAGAGAUAAUUUGUGAUCAGCAGUGCAGUCAGUUGUCUGUGAUCAAAACAAAACAAAACGUCAGUUUAUUUUCAGUAUCAUCUCUGGUGUUCACAACCUUGGCCAUAGAUUUGGUUUCAAGACAGCAGCACUUAAUUUGUGAGAACUUGAUUACUCGUUUUUCGGCAAAUGACUCGCCAUGUACUCAUCUAUUUUUGUCUUUGUUAAGGAAUGAAAGCUAUGCACCUGAGUCAAAGACUCCCCCCACCCGAAAGUCGUUUCACCGAAUGCUAUUAUUACUGACCUCCGACAAAUUUUUCACACUAGUUCAGUGAAUCUGUGGAACAAAAUGAUCUGUGUCGACACAAGAUGCUUCUAUUUUUAAGAAAUACAACAAAGAUGUAUUUAUUUUACUUAUAUAGGCUACGAACACAGAAAAAAGGUAUAACACACAAAUUCUAAUAUACAGACAUCCCCAAAGUCUAUUUGAAAGCUCACAUGCUUUAUUAUUUUAUCUGGUGUUUUUUGCAUGGGGAGGAGCACUGUGAUAUAAUGGAUUUGAGCUAUAUUUCUAUUCUAGAAUUUGAAUGUUUCCUAUUAAAGAUUGUAAAUGUCUAUGGCAAAGUGUAAAAUGUAAAUGUAAUAUUUUGGGGAAAUAAAGUUGUUGAUGGG